UUGAGAUGAUAUUAUGACAUGCAAAAGAUGGCUUUACAGCAAAAACAGUUAACUGAUAGAAUAGAUAGAGAGAAAAUGGAACCCACUACAACAGAUAAAUCUUUAUUUGAAUGUACAAUAUGCAACGAGAAAUAUGUACUAUACACUGAUUUAGUACAACAUUGUAAAACACACGUUAUAGAGGAGAAAACAGCUGAGGUAAUCAUUAAUCCAAUACAAUGUGAAAUUUCUAAAUCAAAAAAUAAAAACAAAAAGAUAUAUGUAUAUUUGAAAUGUAAAAAGAGUUCAAACUCAACAGACAAUAGAAUACAUCACAUCGGGGAUGUAUUUGACAGACCAUUGACUGAGAGCUGUAAUGUGCUCGGAAAUCAUCCGCCAUCUUCUAAAGCCCUUGAAUGUGUUGUCUGUGAAAUAGUAUUUGACCAUGAUGAAGAGUUACAGCAACACAUGAGAAGCCAUCUUGUUGAUAGACCAUAUAAGUGUAGUUUUUGUGUAGAAACUUUUGAAGACCCUAUAAGUUUAAAGGUACACAUCACUACUCAUUCCAAUAGAAAACCUUUAGCAGGCACCUGUAUUUCAAUUAGGAAUAUUUCAACACUUCAAAAACCAAUUACUGACACCAAAAGUUCAAAUGUUGGCGUUUUAACUCCUGACAACACUGUUACUAAUGCCAAUAGUUCAAAUAUCAGAAUUCCUGCUCAUGAAAAACUAGUUGCAGAUACAAAUAUACAAAGUUCAAAUGUUGGCGUUUCAACUCCUGACAACACUGUUACGAUUGCCAAUACAUGUAUUUCAAAUAUAGGAAUUCCAGCUCGUGAAAACACAGUUGCAGAUACUAAUAUACAAAGUUCAAAUGUUGACGUUUCAACUCCUGACAACAUUGUUACGAAUGCCAAUACUUGUAUUUCAAAUAUAGUUUUUCCAGCUCAUGAAAAAAACGUUGCAGAUACUAAUAUACAAAGUUCAAAUGUUGACGUUUCAACUCCUGACAACACUGUUACGAAUGCAAAUACAUGUAUUUCAAAUAUAGGAAUUCCAGCUUGUCAAAAAACAGUUGUAGAUAAUAAUAUACAAAGUUCAAAUGUCGAGUGUACUCUUGAAACACCUGUUUCUGAAACAAAUGUUAACUCUUCACUUGAUGACAAAAUAGCUGAAUGUGAAGACAUUUCAAAUCCUGAAGGGAAAGAAGUUAAAAGUUCAGAUGACGACACUUCAGUUAAUCAUCAACUGGAGCAUAUUAGUUCAUCAUCAGAAAAGACUAAGCUUACAUGUACUACUGACAAUAAUGGUUUAAAAAGCAAUAAUUCUCUUGAAUCAAAUGUUAAGUCUUUUAAGUGUGAUUUAUGUCCACGAUCCUUUUUUCGUGAAUGUAGUCUGAAAAACCAUGUCAACAAUCACAAUAAAAACAAAAGAUUCCAAUGUGAUAUUUGUGAAAAAUCUUUCAUUCACAAAUGUUAUCUUAAAGUGCACAUGAGAAAACACACUGGGGAGAGACCCUUUAAAUGUAGCAUUUGUUGUAAAGCUUUUAUGUUAAAACGAAAUUUGGUUGAACACAACUUGAUACACACAGGCAAACCAUUUAAAUGUGAUGUUUGUGGAAAAUCAUUUAAUAAAAUCCGACCUUUAACAGAACAUAAGAGAAUUCACAGUGGUGAGAGACCUUUUCAGUGUGAUAUUUGUCAAAAAUCUUUUACAGUUCUAAAAAACCUUCAAGGUCACAUGAGCAUUCAUACAGGUGUCCGACCAUAUAAAUGUGAAUCUUGCGGAAAAGCCUUCCGAUCCAGUCAGUCGUUAAAGGAACAUACCCGAAUACAUACGGGCGAGAAACCUUUUGUGUGUGAUGUUUGUGGAAAGGCAUUUAUUCAAUGCAGUCAUUUACGAGAACAUCAAGUUCUUCAUUUGGCCGAGAGACCUUUUAAAUGUGAUGUUUGUGGUAAAUCCUUUAAUAGGGAGCGCCGUUUGAACACUCACAUGAAACUCCAUACCGGAGAAAAGACAUGUAUUUGUGAUUAUUGUGGUCAUUCGUAUACUACAGAAAAAACUCUUAAGGAUCAUAUUCGAAUCCAUACCGGCGAAAGACCAUACAGUUGUGAAUUUUGCGACAAAACCUUUCUUCAGAGCAGCCAUUUACGUGAGCAUCGCAGGAUGCACACUGGUGAAAAGCCUUAUAAAUGCGAGUUUUGUAAUAAAUCGUUUCCAGUGAAGCGAAAUCUGCAAUUUCACAUUCGAACCCAUACUGGCGAAAAACCCCACAGAUGUGACAUCUGUAAUAAAUCUUUCACUGUUAUUCACAGUUUAAAGAUACACCUCAAAUUACACAAGGGUCAAAUACCAACAUGUGAGUAUUGUGGGAAAACCUUUAAUGCACCUACAAAUCUGAGAGAGCAUGUUAGAAUCCAUACCGGUGAAAAACCCUAUAAAUGUGAUGUUUGUAAUAAAGAAUUCCGAAUCAAACAUUGUCUAACGGAACAUAUGAUGACCCAUACCGGUGAAAAACCUUUCCAGUGUGAAAUUUGCGGCAAUUCUUUUCGUCGAAGUGGACAUUUGAUCAAACACAAGCGUUUUCACUCUGGUGAAAAACCAUUUAGUUGUGAAUAUUGUGAUAAAUCCUUUGUUGUUAGCCAACGUCUAAAAGAACAUACACGCAUUCAUACGGGUGAAAAGCCGUAUGAAUGUAAAAUAUGUCAUAAAGCAUUUGCUGUAAGUCAAAGUUUAGUAAAUCACACAAAGAAGGUGCAUCCUGGGUCAAAGAAAUAGAUACAGUGUAUUAGUUCUUGGCGAUAUUUUGGAUACAAAUUUGAAAUAUUAUAUCACAAUAUAAAUGUAUACCCUGAUAUUUUACUAAACAUCCAAAACAUUAAAAGAUGUAGUAUGUAAGAUUGAGAUUUCUUGUUUAUUUCUUGCCAUGUCUGUGUAAUUUGACUUGUCCGCAGACAGAACAGUAGGAUGUUAAACCCCAAUUCAUUUCUUGUUCGCAGGUUUGUCUUAUAGCUUUCAUUUUGCAUGUAGUGUGGUUCUCCUGCAUUUAUUAUUAGAUAAAGUGUUGGCUGUUUUUGAUGUAAUAGUUCAAAAAUAGAUAAUUAAAAAUGAAUAUACCUGUAUUGAAACUUUCUUUCAAAUUAAUUGGUUUUGGGUGAAGUUAUCGUAGCAACGGUACUUGAUGACCAAGACAAAACCUUGAUUGUCCAUUUUAUGGUUA